CCGAGUCUGAUGCUGCAGCUCCCCCUGAUGGUUACGGCUCAGGUGGACCUGGUCCUUGUGCUGAUCACUGUGCUGAGCCUGUGGACCCGACUGUGCCACCUCAGCUAUCCCAACGCUGUGGUCUUCGAUGAAGUGUAUUAUGGCCAGUUUGUGUCCCUGUAUAUGAAGAGAGUUUUCUUCAUCGAUGACAGUGGACCACCUCUUGGUCACAUGAUAUUGGCCCUCGGAGUGUAUCUGGGAGGAUUUGAUGGAAACUUGUGGAACAGAAUUGGAGCAGAGUAUCCUUGCAGCGUGAGUGUUUGGACUCUGCGGUUCCUGCCUGCUCUGUGUGGAGCUCUCUGUGUUCCCCUGGUUUAUCUGUUGACUUUGGAGUUAAAAUUCUCUCACCUCUCUGCUCUGGGAGCUGCACUGCUGUUAUUGCUGGAGAACUCCCUGAUUGUCCAAUCACGCUUCAUGUUACUGGAGUCCGUUCUCAUCUUCUUCGUGCUGUUGGCCUUUUUCUCCUACCUGUGCUUCUACAACGCUCCCAGCAGCUCCUGGUUCAGGUUUGGCUGGCUGCUCCUCUGUGGAGCCUCCUGCGGUGCGGCCAUCGGGGUUAAAUACAUGGGCCUGUUCUCGUACCUGCUCCUGCUGGGUGUGGCCUCUCUGCACACCUGGAACCUGAUCGGAGACCGAACCGUCAGUCACCUCAGUGUGUGCGUGCAGUGUGUGUGUAGAUUUUUCUGCUUGCUGGUCCUUCCUGUCCUGCUCUAUGUAUUCUGGUUCUACGUUCAUCUGAGUAUCCUGAGCCACAGCGGUCCACAUGACCAGCUGAUGAGCUCAGCCUUCCAGGCCAGUCUUCGGGGUGGUCUCUCGCGGAUCACGCAGGGUCAGCCCCUGGAAGUGGCCUAUGGCAGUCAGGUGACGCUAAAAAGCUUCACCUCUCAGCCCCUACUGGCCCACUCACACAAAGCCAACUAUCCAAUCAGGUACGAAAACGGGCGUGGCAGCUCCCACCAGCAGCAGGUCACCUGUUACCCCUUCAAAGACGUCAACAACUGGUGGAUUGUCAAAGACCCCGACAGACAGGAAAUGAUGGUGAGCAGUCCCCCCCGGCCUGUCCGUCAUGGUGAUGUCAUCCAGCUAGUUCAUGGCAUGACCUCACGUUUCCUGAACAGCCAUGACGUGGCAGCUCCCAUGAGUCCUCACGCCCAGGAGGUCUCUGGCUACAUCAACUUCAACGUUUCUAUGGCAGCUCAGAACCUGUGGAGAGUGGACAUCUCAAACAGGGAGGUGGAGUCGGACGUGUGGAAGACCAUCCUGUCAGAGGUUCGACUGAUCCACGUCAACACCUCGGCCGUUCUUAAGGUGCAAACAGGAAGUGCACGUUUAAACCCCAGUGCAGUGAUUUCUUUGUACAUAACGGUCUCUCUUUGUGUCUGU